CCUUUGGAAAAGCCUUGCUUCUCCUUACAAGCCACUAAAUGGUGUUCAUUUCCUGUGGGGCUUUGUUUUUCUUUUUCCUUUUCCCUUCCCUUCAGAGAAAGAGCCAAGAGUUGGAUAAACUCUACUUUGGCCUGGUAGGCCUGAAGAAGACACUUUUGCAGGAGGAAAAGACAGGAAAACCCUAACCAUUGGACAUACUUUCUGCACAUUUACUGAUAUAGGAAGAGACUUGCUUGAAAGCAAAGGAAGGAGAAGUGAACAUCUCGACUACCCCAAAGACUGAAAACUUCCACAUUCCUGAAGAUACCCAUCUGAGAACUUCUUUGGUUGAACUCGAACCCUGGACCUCCUCCUAUCUUGAUGUGGGAAGGACCGUGACCGAAGGAAGGAGGUGGUGUUGCCCCGGCACAUGAAUGGCUGCCAAGGAUUAUGACCACUUGUUCAAACUACUCAUCAUUGGGGACUCGGGGGUUGGGAAAAGUAGCCUCUUACUCCGCUUUGCAGACAAUACCUUUUCCGGCAGCUAUAUCACAACAAUUGGGGUAGACUUCAAAAUUCGGACAUUAGUGAUAAAUGGAGAGCGUGUGAAACUGCAGAUCUGGGACACAGCAGGACAGGAGCGCUUUCGGACCAUCACCUCCACGUAUUACCGUAACACUCACGGUGUCAUUAUUGUGUAUGAUGUGACAAACGCUGAGUCUUUUGUUAACGUCAAGCGUUGGCUGCAUGAGAUCGGGCAAAACUGUGACAGUGUCUGCAAGAUUUUGGUGGGUAACAAAUGUGAGGACCCAUCCCGGAAGCAGGUGGAAACAGCUGAUGCUCGGCGAUUCAGUGAACAGAUGGGAGUGCGGCUUUUUGAGACCAGCGCCAAGGAAAAUCUCAAUGUUGAAGAGAUGUUCAAUGCCAUCACGGCCAUGGUGCUCCGAACCAAACAGGAAAACCUGGCACGUCUCCAACAACAGAACGAGGUUGUCAAAAUCAACAAACCCAAAAAGAAGCCUUCAGUCAAGAAAUGCUGCUGAAGAGGCAUCUCUUUCCCCCUCUUAUUCUCUUCUUCCUCCCUACCCUCAAAAAAAUUUAUCUGAAGGACUGGACUGUGGAAGGCUGAAUAGAUAAAAAAUAUAGUUGCUGUAUGUUUUGUGUGUGUAUGGUGGGGAGUCAGGGGGGUAUAAGAAAUCUGUGAAUGAUGCCUCCAGCAUGAGAAUUGCACUCCUCCUGCCCUGGGGAUAUUGAGUUGCUAGUGUAGAAAAAAUCCAUACAAACAUGGACAUCUCUCCUUGGAGGCAGUGAGUCCUGUUCAUUGAAGGAGUGGGGCAUGAUGAGGACCAUUGCAAAUACACAAACUACUGAAACAAAUUGCAACAAGAUGAUUGGAAGGAUGUGACAUACAGAUGAGUUAGAGGUUGUAAUCCUCUUCCCCCAACCCUCAGCCAUUUCCCUGUAAACUCUUCUCAUUUUAUUUUACUUCUCACAUCCCUGUCCUGUGUUGCCACUUUACUGAAACACAUGUACCCACUGUUGGGUCACUGUAAGGAGGAAGAGGUAUAAGGAGAGUAUUUACUGGGAGGCAAUAAUUCCCUAUUUUAUACCUAUGCCUGUGGCCAGCAACGUAUUAGGUGAAACUGAGGAAAGCCAACAAAAGAUGCCUCAACACCCCAUCUAGCAAUACUAGGAAUUUUUGCCAUUUUCUUUGCCUUCUUUUUGGCUCAAAAAUGGGGUUCAAAAGACAAGACUUUGUGCCUGGGUUAGGAACUGGGAUGAUGUUCCUCUCCCACCAUCUGCAAUAGGAUUAUCCAUCUCUUCCUGAUCAACCCUGCAAGUCUUGCAGAGAAUAGCCAUGUGCAUCCAUGUUUUCAUAGAGGUAAGCUUGAAAAAAAAAGCAUAUCUCUACCACUUCUCAAUGCUUGUACAUGCAAUGUCUGUUUGGGGUGCUCUCCUGUCUGCCCAACCUCCCUUUCUGAAACUUAGGAACUAAUGAGAAGUAGGGAGGUAUGUUCCAACCAAGGACUAUGAAACUGUCCCUUGGUUUGAGAGAUGGUCUCCACCCUGCAAUUCCCCAAAGGUGGCUGCAACAGGGUUGAAAACCUCCUGUUAUCUUUAAAUAUGGGGACCAUCUGACUGUGCAAUAUGUCUGCUUCAUGAUUUAUUUUAUAUACACAAAAAUGAAUUAUGUACAUAAUUAAAACAUCUUGUUUUAACUCACUGCUAAUGGCAUUAAACAUUAAGGAGACACCACUAUUCAAUAAAGAAAUUUAGAUAAGAA